AUGGCAGUGCUGUUGCUGGGACUGGUGAUGGGUGCUGCGGCGCAGUUCAACUGCGCCAGCGUCUAUGGGGAGUCCAGCCCCACUUGCGCGUGGGAGAAGGAAGUGAAGACGUGCAUGGACAAGAACUGCCAAGGCAGCGAUGAUGGCGAGCUUUGCCGCGCAGACGCGGCCCGCACUAUCCAGUGCUGCGAGGACCACUACCAGGCGGUUACUCCGCCCCGAGAUUGCGUUCGCGCCGCCAUUUCCAGCGCCGUGCUGAAGUGCGCCAAGACGAGCUGCGAGAAGAGCUGCAACGGCGCGGCGUGCAAGGCGUGUUCCGAGCUUCAUGAGGAAGAGGAACAGCCGAAUCCCGUGAUCCUUGAGUGCUGCAUGGAGCAUGACCUGACCGACCCCCCAGAAAUCUGCCGGGCCGCGGUGCCGCAGCCCUGCGAGGGACUGCAAGGCGAGGCUGCGUCAACCUGCCGCUGGGAGCUCGAGGUGAACGCCUGUGUGCGGAACAUUUGCGCCUCCUGCAGCGAGUGUCAGAACUGCCAGAAGGACACCGCGCACAUCAACACAUGCUGCGACACCCACCUUCACGAUGCCCCACAGCCAGCGCUCUGUAAAGAUGCCGGGCAGAAGGCGCUGCUGCCGUAA